UGUUUUGUUUAGUCGGCGACAUCGGCGUCGCUUUUGCAAAGUUACCGCUCAUUUAGGAAAUUUUGUAAAUUGUCGCCAUGGACGCGGACUUAUACGAUGAAUUUGGCAACUAUAUCGGACCGGACCUCGAGUCUGACGAUGAGGAAGAAGAAACUUACAAGGAUGCUGAACCGGAGCAGGAGGAAUAUGACGAUGAAGCAAUGGACGACGACGGCAACGUUGACGACGAGCCGGCGCCGAUGGCAGUUGUCCUGCACGAAGACAAAAAGUACUACCCUCUCGCUUCAGAGGUGUACGGUCCAGACGUGGAGACGAUAGUCCAGGAGGAAGACACGCAGGCUCUGGACAAACCCCUCAUCGAGCCUGUCAAGAAACACAAGUUCCAGGUGAAGGAGCAGGAUCUGCCCGAUACUGUCUACAACAUGGAGUUCUUGGCCGACUUGAUGGACACUUCUCACUUGAUCAGAAACGUCGCAAUUGUUGGUAAUCUGCACCACGGAAAAACAAAUUUCGUCGACUGCCUGGUGGAGCAAACUCACCCUGACAUUCGGCCCCUGGAGGGAAAGUACCUUCGCUACACAGACACCCUGAUCACAGAGCAGGAAAGGGGCGUCAGCAUCAAGGCUAUGCCAGUCACCCUUGUCAUGCAGGAUGUGCGCAAUAAGUCGUACCUCAUGAACAUCUUUGACACACCAGGCCACGUGAAUUUCUCCGACGAAGCAACUGCUGCUAUGAGAAUGUGCGAUGGCAUUGUUUUGUUCGUUGACGCUGCCGAGGGAGUCACUCUUCAAACCGAAAGGCUGCUCAAGCACGCAAUACAGGAGAAAAUGGGCCUGACAGUUUGCAUCAACAAAAUCGACCGGCUGAUUUUGGAGCUGAAACUGCCUCCUCUGGACGCCUACUUCAAACUGAGGCACGCGUUGGAGGAACUUAACAGUCUGCUCAGUUUGUACUCGGAGGAUGAGAAUGUGCUGAUAUUCUCGCCGCUGAAUGGAAAUGUUUGCUUUGCGAGUGCGCAGUACGGAGUGUGCUUCACGCUCCAGUCGUUUGCCAAAAUUUACGCUGAUACCUAUGGCGGAUUCAACCCGAAGGAAUUCGCCAGGAGGUUGUGGGGCGACGUCUACUUCAACAGCAAGACCAGAAAGUUCAGCAAGAAGGCGCCUCACAGCACGGCCCAGAGGAGUUUCAUCGAGUUCAUCCUCGAGCCGCUCUACAAAAUCUUUGCCCAGGUGGUUGGCGACGUGGACACCUGCUUGCCGGAUCUGAUGAACGAACUUGGCAUUCACCUGACCAAAGAGGAGAUGAAGAUGAACAUCAGGCCCCUCCUGCGUCUCAUUUGCAGCAAAUUCAUCGGCACGUUUACCGGAUUUGUCGAGAUGUGUGUGGAGCACAUCAAGUCUCCGCUGGACAAUGCCAGGGCCAAGGUUGAGCACAUCUAUACAGGCCCACUUGAUUCUGAAAUCGCAGAGGACAUGUGCAAGUGCGACCCUGAGGGAAAGUUGAUGGUGCACAGUACUAAGAUGUAUCCAACGGAGGACUGCACGUUCUUCCAAGUGUUGGCCAGGGUGAUGAGCGGCACUUUAUACGCAAACCAGGACGUCAGGGUGCUCGGAGAGAACUACACUCUCGCAGACGAAGAAGACUCCAGAGUGCUGACGGUGGGCAGGCUGUGGAUCUAUGAAGCCAGGUACAAAGUUCAGGUGAACCGGAUUCCCGCGGGCAACUGGGUGCUCAUCGAGGGAAUCGACCAGCCUAUCGUUAAAACGUCGACCAUCACCGACCCCAACAUCAAUGAUGAACUCUACAUCUUCCGACCUUUGAAGUUCAACACCCAGUCUGUCAUCAAAAUUGCUGUCGAGCCAGUGAACCCGUCAGAACUGCCAAAGAUGCUGGAUGGUCUGCGUAAAGUCAACAAGUCGUACCCUCUUCUCACAACGAGAGUGGAGGAAUCAGGAGAACACGUUGUCCUCGGAACGGGGGAACUCUACUUGGACUGCGUCAUGCACGACUUGAGGAAAAUGUACUCGGAAAUCGAUAUCAAAGUGGCAGAUCCUGUGGUCGCAUUUUGCGAGACGGUGGUGGAAACCUCAUCGCUAAAAUGUUUUGCCGAGACCCCCAACAAAAAGAACAAAAUCACAAUGAUUGCCGAGCCGCUGGAGAAAGGUUUGGCGGAAGAUAUCGAAAAUGAAGUGGUACAAAUCUCUUGGAACAAAAAGAGGUUAGGGGAAUUCUUCCAAACAAAAUACGACUGGGAUUUGCUGGCGGCUCGAUCGAUCUGGGCCUUUGGACCUGAGGUAACCGGCCCCAAUAUCCUGGUUGACGACACGCUGCCCUCUGAAGUAGACAAAGGUCUGUUGAGCUCAGUGAAAGAUUCGAUCGUGCAAGGCUUCCAGUGGGGCACCAGGGAAGGGCCUUUGUGUGAGGAGCCCAUCCGAAACGUCAAAUUCAAGAUUCUCGACGCCGUCAUUGCCCAGGAGCCACUGCACAGAGGCGGAGGUCAAAUCAUCCCCACUGCAAGGCGAGUUGCCUACUCGGCGUUUUUGAUGGCCACUCCAAGACUCAUGGAGCCUUACCUCUUUGUCGAGGUUCACGCACCUGCUGACUGCGUGUCUGCCGUUUACACAGUUCUAGCCAGAAGAAGAGGCCACGUGACACAAGACGCCCCUUUGCCUGGCUCGCCUCUCUACAUGAUCAAGGCGUUCAUCCCCGCAAUCGACUCCUUUGGCUUCGAGACUGAUCUCAGGACACACACCCUUGGGCAGGCGUUUUCCCUUUCAGUGUUCCACCAUUGGCAGAUCGUACCCGGUGAUCCAUUGGACAAGAGUAUUGUCAUCCGGCCCCUGGAGCCGCAGCCAGCCACGCACUUGGCCCGCGAGUUCAUGAUCAAGACCAGGAGGAGAAAGGGUUUGAGCGAAGAUGUGUCCAUCAACAAGUUCUUCGACGAUCCCAUGUUGCUCGAGUUGGCGAAACAGGAUGUCCUCCUCAAUUACCCCCUGUAGAUGUGCAUUUUUGUUAUGGAGUAAUUUCAUUCCAUUAAAUAAUCUUAGGUUUUAACUAA